AUGAAUUCAGAUACUUUCAUUAUUGACCAAAUUAUUCUUGAAAAUACUCAAAUUAUACUAGAUAAUAGUGAUGAAAUAGAUAUUUCUAAAGAAAGUUAUAAAGAUGAUACUUUCAUCGUAGAUCAAGUUAUUCUUGAAAAUACUCAGAUCAUACUAAAUGAUAGUGAUAAAAUAGAAGAUAUUAACUAUGAUGAACUUGAACUUGAAAAUUUAAAUAUUUACAGUAAGUUCUUCUUAACAAUGCCUGAUGAAAUAGAUAUAGAAAUUGAAGACACUUCUAUGAAAAGUCCAACACUAUAUAUAGUUGUAGAUAUUAUUAAUAGCCAGGAAUGUAAGAAAUAG